UCUAGUUUUAUUUGGGGUCAAGGGUCGGUCUGUCCAGUGUAGUUCGUCGGCUGAAUAAUAUGUCAGUUUGACACACAGGGGUGGCUUGAUCACAUGACAAUGAAAGGAGAUAAGGUCUCUGAAUGGUCAUCUGACGAGCAUUUCCGACCGGUCGGCUGUAGUAGUAGCAGCGCGGAAUAAUGUCAAGGAAUACAAAGCGUGCGAUGGCGCCGGUCAAUGUGAUGUUAUGGCUGCUGACGACAGUUGCGUAUCUACAUGUGACAGUUGUACAAUCUUACGUCGUAGACGAUGUUGGAGCCUUGCUGGAGCAUUUGAGUGUCAACAAAAUGGGUUAUCGCAUGCCAGAAAUAGACCCAGAGGUCAACAUGAAUAUUAGCCAGCUGAUUACCAGCAAGGGCUACCCAUAUGAGGAGUACAGUGUACAGACGGAGGACGGCUACCUCCUGGGGGUGCAGCGGAUACCACACGGGGUCACGAACAAGGACCCCAACCGGCCUGUGGUCUUCCUCCAGCACGGGCUGCUGUGUUCCGCCACCAACUUCCUCACCAAUCUGGCCAGUGAAAGCUUAGCGUAUAUACUGGCUGAUGCUGGCUUCGACGUCUGGCUUGGCAACAACCGCGGUAAUACCUACUCCCUCCGACAUGUCUCGCUGAAACCAGAUCAAGAUGCAUUCUGGGAGUUCAGCUGGGAUGAGUUUGCCAAGUAUGACUUCCCGGCACAGUUGAACUUUGCCCUCAAGCAGUCUGGCCAAUCAGACCUCUACUAUGUAGGUCAUUCCCAGGGUACCUUGCAAGCCUUUGCCGCUCUGUCUCAGUAUCCGGAAAUGAAUAAAAAGGUGAAGAAAUUCUUUGCAAUGGGUCCAGUUGUCACUGUCGGCAACAUCAUCAGUCCACUCAAGUACCUGUCAGAUAUCUCCGACUCGGAAAUAUACAAGUUGUUCAAGCACAGGGACUUCCUGCCCCACGACGAAAUCCUGCAGCUCCUGGCUGACACAGUGUGUCAGGACAAGCACACCCGCUUCCUGUGCUCGAACGUCCUCUUCCUCAUUGCUGGAUAUGAUGUGUCUAACCUCAACCAGAGUCGGCUCCCGGUGUACAUCAGCCACACGCCAGCAGGCACCUCUGUACAGGACAUGGUACACUUUGCCCAGGGUGUGAGGACCAAAGCCUUCCAGAUGUACGACUACGGAUCUGAGACAGAUAACCAGAAGCAUUACAACCAGUCAACACCACCGUUGUAUGACGUCAACAAAAUGGACACACCUGUCUACCUGUUCUAUUCAGAGAAUGACUGGCUGGCUGAUGUACAGGAUGUGAAGCUGCUUAUGUCCAAGCUGACUCGUGGUCAGCUGCAAGGGAGUUUCUACAUCCCGAAGUGGAAUCAUCUUGACUUCAUCUGGGGUGUGGAUGCUGUUAACGUUGUGUAUAAGAAAAUCAUUGACAUUAUCAAGACACCGUAGUGAGUGGCAGAUGGGAGGUGAUGGCAGAUUAAUCUAAUUAAUAUUAGAUCUGUUACUUUGAUACAAUACCACUCUGCUUGAAGAUCUGAUGACACCAGGAUAACACAACCUGUCAAUCCUGAGCGCCAAGAGGGAGUACCAUCAAAUGAAUAUUUGUUCUGUGGUUUUUUCAAAUGUCCAAAUCAAAAUUAACAAAUCAAACUGAAUUGUUUUAAAACAUCCUCAUUUAUAUUGGUUCACCUGAUAAAAUCUUUAAUGACUGUGUUUUUAGAUUUUCACACAGAGAGGUAUCGUAUUAGCGUAAAACAUUGGUGGGGGGUCUUCUACCUGCUUCGAUCAGGUUUCAUAUGAGGUUUAGAGGUUAUUGCUAACUAUGUCAAAAGGGGUCAUUCAUCAAUCCAAAUACAGUGAAACCUUUGUUGUCCAGACCCUGUUACCCAAGAAACCCCCAUCUUCUGGACAAAUACUGCUGGUAACACUUACAUGUAUAAAGUGACACUAUAUGCCAUAACUGUUUACAGUGGUAUCAUAUCAAACACACUCAUAUUGUGGCAGGAAGAAACUGUAAGAAUAUGCAUAUGUGUAAGAAACUGCCUUACGUGCCUUUAAUUCAUGGUGUGUUAAUCAAAAUGUUGAAUGGCUGUCUUUGACUGAGGUGUGUUGUUGACUGUGUCAAUGACUAAUGUCUGUUGUUGAUUGUGUUGUUGAUUGAUAUGUAUUUGACUGAUGUGUGUUGUUGACGGUGUUGACUCAGAUACGGUGAUGGUUUGUUUGAAAUGAAAUCAGGGAGACUUUAUAUUUAGCAUGAUCAAGGGCUUUCAUGUCGAGAUGUUCUUUUAACAUACCUGUAAUGAAUGAUAUUUUGCAGUUCCUUGUUAUCAAAAACCUUUUCUUCCUAUUCAUGAUUUCUUAUUUCAUGAACACUUUGGUAUCUCAAGAUAUAUUAGUGGCCCUGUAAGUAUAUAGUGUGAGAGUCUAUUUUGUAUCCUAUUCAUCGUGAAAUAAAAUAUGCUGAUUAUUA